ACAAAAGAAACUAUGUCAGGUCAGCAUUCAGCAAUAAUAAUAAUAAUAAUAAUUAAUUCAACACGGGAACCAAUCUUCUAAAGUCAAUAACCCCAAACCUUUCUUUCUUUUACCCAUUUCCAUUUCCAUUUUCUUUAUCAACCAAAACUAAACCGAACCACUUCAUCAUCACCAUCGUCUUUGUUACACCAAUCAUUCACCUCCCAGAUCUUCUUGACUCUAGUUUUUAAUCGGUUAGCAGAAGAGUUUGAUGCUGAGUUAUUAUUAUAAACAGAAAAGUUGAGGUGGGGGUUGGAGUAUAUGGAUAGUUUCUGUUGCUUCAGCUCUGCAGUUGGAGGGCGUUCUUCAUGCAACUCUGGCAAAGGUAAAAGCAGUCAGUCGCCGGUCAAAUAUGGAUUUAGCCUCGUUAAAGGGAAAGCCAACCAUCCAAUGGAAGACUAUCACGUAGCAAAAUUUGUCCAUUUCAAAGGACAAGAGCUAGGACUUUUUGCUAUAUACGAUGGACACCUCGGAGACAGUGUACCGUCAUAUCUGCAAAAAUAUCUCUUUUCUAAUAUCUUGAAGGAAGACGACUUCUGGAACGAUCCAUUCAUGUCCAUUUCUAAAGCAUAUGAGUCAACAGAUCAGGCAAUUCUUUCUCACAGUCCUGAUUUGGGGCGAGGAGGAUCAACUGCCGUGACUGCAAUUCUCAUAAAUAAUCAAAAACUCUGGGUCGCCAAUGUUGGAGAUUCACGAGCGGUUCUGUCAAGAGAAGGGGUAGCUGUACAGAUGACUACUGAUCAUGAACCUAAUACGGAACGUGGCAGCAUUGAGAAUAGAGGCGGCUUUGUCUCAAACAUGCCAGGAGAUGUUGCGAGAGUGAAUGGACAGCUUGCAGUUUCUCGAGCAUUUGGAGACAAAAACCUCAAAACACACUUGCGAUCUGACCCCGACAUUCAGUAUGCUGAUGUUAACCAAGAUACCGAGCUUUUGAUUCUCGCUAGUGACGGUCUAUGGAAGGUAAUGGCGAAUCAAGAAGCGGUUGAUAUCGCGAAAAGAAUAAAGGAUCCACAAAAGGCAGCUAAACAACUAGCUACUGAGGCAUUGAACAGAGACAGUAAGGAUGAUAUUUCCUGCGUUGUAGUUCGUUUCAAGGGAUGAAAAAGGGAACAUACACACAUACAUAUGUAAAAAAAAGUUAUAAAAUUGAGGUUCUUGAGUUUAGGUGGUGUGAGAUUUAGAAUUUAUUGAUUUCUUGGUUGUGAUAUAGAUUCAUACAUGAUAAAUUUUCUUUGUAAUAUGCUUUAUGUGAUGGAGUAGUGUGAUGAUGGAUGGCCACAGUUCAUACAUUAUUGAACAUGGGAUUUAUUUUAAAAA